UGUCGUCAUAGCUAGCAUGUCCAUGUGCGUGCUAGCCUCUUUUGGUAAUCUCAUUGAGAAGGAGACAGACAGACAGAUGGCGACUGUCUAUAUAAGCACAGAUCAGAGGAAGACGGUCACAGAUCCACUUCUACCCGAGUGAGCUAAAGCAUCAUUCUGUCAGAAAGCAAAGAAACAAGGAACCACAGGAAUAGGUGCUGCCAACAAACAAGCAUCUGAGGCCUUGACAAACUUGAUAUGAUUUUUGGUUUCCCACGUGCUACUGCAGGAUACAUUCGUUACUUGCAGACGUCAGCCGUACAAACAGUGACCAGCAAGUUCCAGGAUCUCAUAUUGCCCCGGGUGGCUGUAGUUUUGGGUGCUUUGGGUAUUGCGAUGUCUGGAUACAGCUCUCGCCAACUCACUUUUCACCACCGACCCUCAACCCGCAUCCUGCAAUGGAUGUCCAGACCUGCCAUGAAUGCCGAUAGUCCCGGAUCCCCAUCAGCCAAAGCCCGUCUGGCUCCAGCCAAUGCUGGCAUGGCGUCCAUCAAAAAUGACCAACAGGAAGAACCAAUCAAAAACAUCAGUGACACCCAGCAGCCUGUGAAGACAUAAGCUGGCAUAUGAAUAAGAAGAGACUUGUGAGGUCUUACUGUGUAAGAUGGAGCAUAGUCAACCAUUUAGUCAGAAGUGAUUUGGACAGUGCCUUUGUGAAAGAAAGCGGGUUUGCCCUGAGUAGUUUGUGUUUUUUUUAUCAAAUUUGUAAAAAUGAUUCAGGAGAUGUGACGAAUUGUUAAUUAUCUGAUGAGUCAUUUAUUGAAUUGGCAUGCUUGUGAAAUUGCAUUUUAUUUAAAUCUGUGUAAAUUCAUCGGGAAGUUUUGUUUGAUGAUGUCAUGCAACAUUGUAAAUUCCACUUCAUUUUAAUAUGCUGAAUCAAGGCCACACACCAGGCAUGAUUUGCACAUCUGUGAAUGACAAGUUUAUUUACAGUCACAAUAACACCCACUAUGACAGGCAUGUUCCCUAAGCUAAAUCACUUCCUGCGGAUUAGUUCAGUGAAUAUAUUUAUUAAAGCUUGUUAAUGAGGUGUAAACAUACAGGUAGACUUUGAGUGAGUCAGAAGCUGCUUAAACUGAUUGGUUCUGAGCUCGUUUAGAGAGAAUAUGGCAUUAUUAAACAGUACUGUAUGCACACAGAA